AUGUGGACCACCCUUCGCAACGCGGCCCUCUUCACGGCCGUCGCCAUUCAGCCCUUGACGGGUGCUAUUCCUGUGGAAAACAGCGUCGCCCGUCGUGACCAGCCCAAGACGGUGGAUGUGACCAUGAAGGGUCGCUUCCGGUACAGCCUCCUCCAGGAGGUUGAGAACCCUGACAACACCGAGUCAUCGUUCAAGCGGACUAUCGAUACCUCCUAUGAGAUCAAACGCUCAAACUUCUUGGAGGAGACCAGCUCGGUAACCAAGACGGAGUCUGAAUCCGUCAGCUCCGGAAUCGAGCUUGGCGCAUCGUACGGUGUCGCCGAAGCCAAGGUCAGCGCGGGCAUGGAGACCUCGUCUCAGUUGGAGACUGCCUUGUCCAGCGUCAAGCAGAUUUCGACCGAAGAGACGAUCAGUGAAUCGCGCUCAAUCGAGCAGGAGUUCAAGGUCGGCAAAGGUGACAGCUUCAAGAUCUACGAGCGCAUCUUCGAUGGCCCCGGAAUCACCAUCCACACGGAUGCUGUCUCUGGUGGGCCCGACGCCAAGGACGAUAGUGAGGUUGAAUUCACCGUGACUCUCAAACAGAACCGCUUCCUCUCCGAUAUCAAGGUCGAGACUGGAGACAGUGAGUUCUCCGAGCCUAGUGACGCCAUCAGAAUGGUCGACAACGGCAAGGCCGACAUCAACAAGGGCCAGGAUGGAGACUACGUCUGGCUGGUUCCCGUCUGGACUACCCAGGUUUCCGACGCCGCUUCUAACGUGCAGGUCGUCAUCCAGGACAGCGAAGAGGAGGACCGUGACGACCUUGCGUCUGGAGCUGGAGGCGAGUACCGCUACCUGUUCCCUCAGGCGCAGGAGAACAACUCCGACAAGAUCACCGACGUUCAGUUGUACCGCUCCGAAGAUUCGCUGUCUUCUGAUGCUCUUGCCGACAUGGGCUUCCAGGGCAUGUCUUCUGACAUCAACGAGGACCGUGGCGGUGACUACCUUUACCUUCUGUGGAAGACUAUCGAUGUUGACGCUACCACUGUCCGCGUUUAG